AUGGAGGAGAAGUCUGCUCAGCCCGCCGUGGCCGCGGCGACGGCCGUGGCGGAUGCCAAUGAGGCGGUCGACCACCUCAGGAAACUCAAGAAACAACACCAUUGGGACCCCAAUCUGCCCGAGGAUGUUUUUGACGAAAUCGAUGAUGCGCUCCAUACGACUGAUCCAAAUGCCCAAGUCGGCGUGGCCGGAGAGCUGCUCGACAACUCGCCUUACCCCGAGGUGCGCGCGGCCGUGCCCAACUACGACGAGGGAGGUCACUCCAACACCAUUCGCGCCUGGGUGAUCGGCAUGGUCCUGGCCACCAUUGGAUCGGCCUGCAAUAUGCUGUUCUCCAUGCGAGACCCCUACAUUGUUAUCCCGUCUUACGUGGCCCAGGUCGUCGCCUAUCCCCUCGGGGUGGCCUGGGCCAAGUGGAUGCCGGCGAUCAAGUUCAGCUUCUUUGGAAUCCCGUGCAACCUGAACCCGGGCCCCUUCAGCAAGAAGGAACACACCAUCACCGUCCUCAUGGCCAAUGCCAGCUUCAACGGCGGUGCGGCCUACGCCACCGACGUGCUGCUGUCGCAGCGCGCCUUCUACAAGCAGCGGUUCGGCUGGCCCUUUGAGAUCUUCAUGUGCAUCUCCAGCCAGAUGCUGGGCUUCGGCCUGGCGGGUUUCUUCACGCGGUUCCUGGUCCAGCCGGCCGCGAUGAUCUGGCCCGCCAACCUGAUCAACACCAGUCUCUUCACAGCCCUGCACGACCGCAGCCGGCCGGAUCCUUCCAAGACGGCGGGAUGGACGAUCGGCAAAUACCGACUCUUCCUCUACACCAUGAUCGCAUCGUUCGUCUGGUACUUCUUCCCGGGGUAUAUUGCUCCGUUCCUGAGCGUUUUUGCCUGGGUGACUUGGAUCCGGCCGAACAACGUGGUGAUCAACCAGCUCUUUGGCGGCUGGACGGGCCUGUCACUGAUUCCCAUAACGUUCGACUGGACGCAGAUCUCGGGCUUCAACUUCAGCCCGCUGAUCACGCCGUGGUUCGGUAUCGCCAACACGCUGAUCGGCAUGGUCGUCUUCUACUGGAUCGUCGCGGCGGCCAUCCACUUCAAGGGGCUCUUCUAUUCCAAGUACCUGCCCAUCAGCGACUCGAACAGCUAUGACAAUACCGGCAACAUGUACAAUGUCAGUCGGAUCCUGGAUGACCAGGGCCGGUUUGAUUUGGAAAAGUACAAGUCGUAUUCGCCCCUGUUCCUGUCCACGUCCUUUAUGCUGUCGUACGGGCUGUCCUUUGCCACCAUCGUGGCGGUGAUCGUCCAUACGAUUCUCUUCCACGGCCAGGACCUCUGGAUUCGGUUCAAGAAAUUCGGAAACGAGGAGGAGGACAUCCACGCCCGGUUGAUGGCACGGUUCAAGCCUGUCCCGCUGUGGUGGUAUGCGGCUCUGACCCUGAUCAUGAUCGCCAUGGCCCUCGGAGUCGUCUUGGGCUAUCCGACCAACAUGUCCUGGUGGGCGUUCUUCAUCAGCCUCAUCAUCGCGGCGGUGUGGUUUGUGCCCAUGGGGAUCGUGCAGGCGACGACCAACAUCCAGAUCGGGCUGAACGUGUUCACCGAGUUCAUCGUCGGAUACAUGCAGCCGGGGCGGCCGAUGGCGAUGAUGCUGUUCAAGACGUACGGCUACAUCAGCAUGUACCAGGGGCUGUUCUUCUGCCAGGACAUGAAGCUGGGCCACUACAUGAAGGUGCCGCCGCGGGUCACUUUUGCGGCGCAGGCGGUCAGUUGCCUGUGGACGUCGGUGGUGCAGAUCGCGGUGAUGAACUGGGCGCUAUCGGCGAUCAAGGACGUGUGUUCUCAGGACCAGGUCAGCCACUUCAGCUGCCCGAACGGGCGGGUGUUCUUCAACGCGUCGAUCAUCUGGGGUGCGAUCGGGCCGCAGCGGAUCUUCUCGCCGGGCGCGCUGUACUCGCCCAUGCUGUGGUUCUUCCUGGCGGGCUUCAUCCUGCCGGUGCUGAUCUACCUGGGGGCGCGGGCGUUCCCCAAGAGCCCGAUCCGGUACCUGAGCGCGCCCAUCAUCUUCGGAGGCGCGGGACUCAUCCCGCCAGCGACGCCGCUGAACUAUCUGAGCUGGGGGAUCGUGGGGUUUGUGUUCAACAAGUACAUCAAGACGCGGUGGCGGGGGUGGUGGAUGCAGUACAACUACGUGUUUUCGGCGGGGUUGGAUGUCGGGCUGGCGCUGUGCACGAUCUUAAUCUUCGUGACGCUGCAGCUGACGGGCACGAGUUUCCCGUCGUGGUGGGGGACGGAGAUCGCGGCCAACACGCUGGAUGCGUCGGACGGGGCGAAGCAGAUCACUCUGGCGGACGGCCAGACGUUUGGGCCGACGAGUUGGUAG